AGGGUGUAAAAAAAAAAAAAAAAUCUCGGCGUCGGGGGACAGCAGCAGAUACAAAGUACGUCCUCCGUGUUGUAAGCCUGGUGUUGUGUAAUCAACUUAAAGCCAUCAAAUGACAGAAUGAGUUGACUAUUGUAGUAGUCGUAGUGCACGCGACCAGGGACACUGGAUAUUUGUUGUUCUCCCGCAAUGACUGUUGAAUCGACAGCCCUGUGAGUUAAAUUUGAAACCGCGAUCUCCUUCUUUGGUCCAGAAGAUAUACUUGGUGUCACUAUGGCCAUUGCACACGUAGCCACGGAGUAUGUGUUUUCGGAUUUUCUGCUUAAAGAACCAUCGGAGUCUAAAUACAAAGGGGUCCGACUGGAACUUGCCGUGGAUAAAAUUGUCACUUGCAUCUCCGUGGGACUGCCUUUGUUGUUGAUUUCACUUGCAUUUGCUCAGGAGGUAUCUGUAGGCACCCAGAUCAGCUGCUUCUCCCCAAGCUCGUUCUCCUGGCGACAGGCCGCCUUUGUGGAUUCCUUCUGCUGGGCCGCGGUGCAGAAACACCACCUGUCGCAGAACGACUCUGAAAGGGUUCCCCUCUGGCUGCAUAAGUUUUUCCCCUACAUCCUGUUGCUGGUGGCGAUUCUGAUGUACAUUCCGUCCCUGUUCUGGCGCUUCACUGCGGCGCCGCACCUGUACUCGGACCUCGCCUUCAUCAUGGAGGAGCUGGACAGGUCCUACAACCGAUCCAUCAAGCUGGCCAAGAGCUUCACCAGCAACGGGAAGCUUGACUCUGCAGCCGGGGACACACGCACAAGUUUAUGGGACUUGACUGAAGGCUGCUUUAGGUAUCCGUUAGUGGAACAGUACCUAAAGACAAAGAAAUCUACCAAAAACCUGAUUAUCAAGUACCUCAUCUGCCGAAUCGUAACUUUCAUCAUACUUCUAUUCGCUUGCAUCUACUUGGGAUAUUACAUCAACCUGGCGGCCAUUACCGAUGAGUUUAAGUGCAGCAUUCGAACUGGAAUCUUAAAAAACCAAACAGACAUUCCCCAGUUUUUUCAAUGCAAACUCAUAGCGGUUGGAGUCUUUCAGCUGCUUAGCUAUGUUAACUUAAUAGUCUACACUCUGCUGGCACCCGUGGUAAUCUACACAAUCCUGGUGCCGAUAAGGCAAAGCUCAGAUUUCCUCAAGGCCUAUCAAAUCCUGCCAACCUUCGGAGUGUUGGAAUUUGGCUCUAGGUUCUAUGACGACCUGAGCCUCUACUUGCUCUUCUUGGAGGAGAACCUCAGUGAGCUGAAAUCCUACAAGUGUCUCAAAGUGCUGGAGCACCUCCAGGUUAACGGGGAAGAAGGCUUCGACGCCAUGUGCCUCCUGAGGAACCUGGGCCAGGUCAAGACGGACACUGUGGACGGAAAACUCCUGCAGCACAACAAAACUGAGGUGGAGCCCAGAAACAGUGCCACUGAGCUAAAAGACCUUUCAAAUGAAUCGUUGGAAGACGGUGUGAAAAAUGACAGAAAAGAGAAAGAAGACAAAAAAGUUCGGCAGAGACUUCUGGAAUCUACUUCUACUUGCUAGCACUAGCUGUUCAUGCAUUGCCUGAAGAGACGAAACUCAAUAUCCUGCAUUAUCUAUUGCGUGGUCGCAGGUUUUUUCAAACCUUCAAAAAAUAGUGAAGAACCCAACGCGUUGGAAUCCUUUGUGUAUGCCUGGCAUGUUCUGAAGUACAUAUCCCCUGAAAUAAAAAAUGGAACAGAAAAUAUACACAAUGAUACACAACAGAAGUGUUGUUUCCACUAAAGCCUAUGCAUGAAAAUAACCUUUGAGAGACACCAGAGUUUCAGGGUUAUAUUGUACAUCAAUUUGACAUCUGGAAAAAUUGAGAUAAAGUUGCUGAAUACUAAAUAUUGAGCCAGGUGACUUCUGCAUAGAUUUGAAAUUCAUACAGUGCUGUAUGUCAUCUCAUACGGACUUACGAUGUGCUGUACACGCAGCAGGGGUGGUCAGAAAUCGCACCAGUUGGCCAUGGCAGUGCCAUGUAUGCAAUUAAAUCCUUAAAAAAUAAAAAUAGCGCAAAAUGAUGCACCUUGAAUGGUAAGAUUCUGUCAAUAAGCUUUUAAUGGAGGAACAAACUGCACUAUCGCUUAGUCCCUUUGUUUCGGAGACUGAAAGUACAAAUAUUACUCCAGACACCCUUCAACAUGUUAUUGAUCAGUGGCUUAAGUGAACCUACAGAUGCCAACAGUAGAAACAUCUACUGCACUGAAAUUGAUUUCAAGCAAGCAUGACUCAUUCUGUAAAAAAAAAAAAUAAUAAUAAUAAUAAUAACAGAAACUAACUCCUCUCUCCAAUUUUACCUCUUGAUGUAGAAACACAGCUGUAAGCCCUUUGAUUUACUAUUGAAGUUCCAGCAUACACAUUAAUAUCCUCUUUCCACAGAUUAUAAAAACUAGUCUGCCUGCUCAAGGGGCAGUAUACAUGAUAAAAUGAAACCCUGAAGAUCUCUUUCCCCAAAGGUUUUAUACUUAAAAAGACAAUUGUAAUUCAGACGUAUUAUAUUAGAUAUAAAUCAUAGGGAUUUAUAAAUAGCGUACACAUGCCAGCCAUAAUGUUGUCUACCUUUAAUAACUUCAAGAAUGUUAAUGUAGUCAGUAGUUCAUUUGUUACUUGACUUUUUAUCUGUUGGUUAAAAAAAAAAAGCAAAGUUAAAAUUGUAUUAAAUGUAUUGACUGAAAAUUAGGAUAUCGUGUAGUUCAUAGAAAUUACUUGACAAACUUAUGUUUGUACAAACUACAUUUUUUAUACUUCAGCUCGCCAGUGAUAAUAGUUUAUUUUAUUUUUAUACUUUCAGCUGUUGGCCUAUUGUCCCUUUUGAACUGUGUUGUAUUUUAUUCUCCUUCCAAAGCUUGUACAGUCGUGUUGGUUGCAAAACUUUUAGUGGAUGUGUCACCACUGAAAAUGCUACCGUGCAAGAGAACACACUGGGAAAAUCUGAACUGUGCAAAUUAUUAGUUACUAUCCAGAUCAGUUUGGCAAGAGUCUUUUUUCAGUAGUUCAGACCGACCUUACUUGAACGCAACAUUCAGCAGACUCCUGUUGUUAAAUUGUUGCCCGAUUGUACCUCUUUACUAGGCAGCUGAAUUGUCUAUCCAUGCCACCCUUCAUGUUGUACGCUGUUGGGUUGAUUGAAACAUGAACAACUUCAGCAAAGAGUACAGUUAAUUAUUAAAACUACAACAUCAAACUCACCAACUUGAAAUACAGUAAAUGUAUACUGUAAAACUUUCCUUUCGCUCUUCAUGAAAGCCAAAACUGUUGUAAUUCUAGUGAUUUCAUUAUCAUUUUGGGCCUUUUUAAAAGCAAAUACAAAGAUUUAGAUGCAUGCUAGUUGUCUGAAAAAAAAAUAGUGUAACACAAAAAUCCAUACCCUUUGCAUCUGAACUUUCUUUGAAACCGUUCCCCCUCUGUAGUUCAACAGACCUAUAAAUAAAUAUCUGACAAAAGUUUGUGUCUCAGUGAUCACAAGUGUUUUAUUUUAUAAAACAAUAAAGAACUGUUUCUGUGCUAGGUCUUCUAAACCCACCAGCUAUUGAUUUUGUUUGUACUGCUUUACUGUUUAAUGUGUGAUCGUGUUAAACUACUGUUGAAAGUGUUGUUCUGAUGUCAAGUCUCUUUAUUAUUUUGCCGUGUAAUGGCCUAUAUUCAUGUUCCACUGUGUUCCAGUCUUCAUUUCAUGGAGACUUUCCUCCUUAAAGGAUUACUUUCACAGAAUAUAAAUCCUUAAUCUAUCUGAAAUUAAAUAGAAAACAAUACUUCUCA